GGAAGUUUGCCAGGGUUUUUCGCUGUGCGCAUGCGCUGUAGGGCGCAUAAUCAAAGAUGGCGGUCGAAGCUUGUUGGAGUUGUAUGAGAAGAAAUUUCCUUCUUGCCCAUUCUCUACGAAAAUUCACAACUCCAAGGACGCUAUCACCCAUCUUUUUGUCUAGGAGCUCAAACAAUGCUGUUGAGAAUGUAAUGGCCGAAGAGACCAAGCCUGGCUCAGUUUCUCCAGAGGUGGCUCAGAUACUAGAAGAUUCUAGACCCAAAUUUAUCAACAAUAACUGGCAUAAGCCAAAGAUAAGUGCAAGGCGACUGGCAGAGCUGCGCAAAGCUUACAUAGCUCAAGGAUUUUACUGGCCAAAGAAACCUAUGAUUGACAGAGGGUUGGACAAAACACCUAAAGGACACAAAUAUGAACAAGAAAAAGAAGAAAGACUUGCAAAGAUUGAGGAGAACAUGAACAACAUGCCUCGCAUAAUUGAGGAAUACCGCAAGAAAAUGAUAGAGCUGAGAUCUAAAAGGAAAGAUGAGCGUAAAGCUUCUAAUCUUAAAGCUGUAGAAGCUAAAAGGAUGGGAAUUCACCCAAAAGACCCAAGAGGCCUAGCUGCUAUAGGGCAAGGCAACAAGAACAAGAAAAAGUUUCAAAAGAAAGUUUAAUAAUUAAAGUUAAAAUAAUUAAAAUUGAAAUUCUACUUUAUUUUGUUACUGCAAUUUUAAGUACACUGAUAACUCUUACCAACGAUUCCAGAAAUGAUUAAUCCACUUUUGUCAAUCUAGUUUAAAAUUUUGAUGGAACACAUUUUGUAGUCUCGGUUUGGUGAAUUUAUUGGAUUUAUUUAUUGUGUGAUGGCUUGUUGAAAGCCAUUAAAAUGCAGGUCGGUGAAAAUAGUUAAAUUUGUUUGACUGGCAGAUGCCAAAAAGUA